AUGCACUCAAGUGGUUCCACCAUACCACCCGGCACUUCUUCGGUCGGGCGGAGAAGAAGCCAAAGGGCGUGUGAUAUGUGUUAUCGGAAGAAGACUAAGUGUGAAGUGGAAGGACCCAAUUUAAUCUGUGUGCAAUGUAUUCGCCGUAAAAGCAAAUGUGUCUUUCCCUCGCAGCAACAGGAGCAGCAGGCCUCGCCACCCCAUGAGGAGCAUGAGGAAUUACCAAGUGAUCAAUAUGUGCAGUCUUUAAAAAGUCGCUUGGAGAGAGUCGAAUCGCUACUUGUGGCAGCUGGCAUCUUGCAUGAAAGUGAUAUCAGUUCAAAUGCGCUCUCCGAGGAUGAGGAUGAAGAGCUCACCGAUGAUUAUGAAGGAAGUAGCAAGCGUCCACGAUCAUCAGGUGAAUUGUCAGAUAUUUCUGCAAACUCGGAUUACUGCGAGGCUGCACGCUUUCCGGGGGGUGGCGAUAUCGCCGAUACUCCUAUAUUCAGAGGACAUGAAAAUGAUGACUCUCGAUACUUCGGCCGUUGUUGUUCACUAUCCAUUCUAUCCCGAGGUGGAAUCGAGUGGAUCAAGAGCAAAACAGGCGAAGCCAAUUUCUUAAAUGUUGUAUCGCCUGAUUCUGUUGACGACAGUCCCUGGAAUCAAUGGCGUCCAGAUGUCUUUCAUGAUCUCUUCGCCUCCCAGGUCUAUAAACCUCUUCCGCCAAGAUCUGAAGUGUUCUCUUUGAUAAAGGACUUCUUUCGAACUGCCAAUCGUCUAUUUCCAAUCUAUCACGAGGCAUCGUUCAUGAAAAUGGUAGAGUGGCAGUACACGCAGCAGACCUGCGAUGAUGCUGCGCGAUGGGCUAGUAUUAACAUCGUGAUAUGUCUAGCUUAUGAAUUCCGGUUUUCGAACAGCUUGAAACCAGAAAAGGAUCGCGAAAGGGCCCGAUUAUACUUUAAAAAUGCCAUGUCAGUCUUCACAGAGCUGGCAUUACGGCGUACGGAUUUGUUGAGUGUGCAGGCUUUGAUUAGCAUGGGAUUCUUUCUUCGUGGUAACUCGGGAACUCAAUUUGCACUGCCGUUUAUGACAGCAGCGAUGCGAUCUUGCCAAAGGAUGGGACUUCAUCGUAAUAUUGCCAGGCCAGACUUGAGCCCCGUUCAACAAGAGCAAAGGCGACGUGUGUUCUGGGUCGCCUUUACCGUUGAUCAAAGUACAUGCUUGCGGGCUGGAAAUGCCCCCUCCCAACAUCCAGAUGACUUCGACGUGCCUUUACCAACAGAAAUGGAUCACGAUAAGGACUCGGAAGUGUCGACCAACAUUCCAUUUUUCCGUCGACUUUGCCGCAUGUGUUUAAUCAAAAGUCGAAUUUAUUGCAGACUGUACUCGGCCAAGUCAUUACUGAAACCACCUCAUGAGAUAUAUCAAACUGUGAAAGAGCUUCAUAGUGAACUUGAGGAAUGGAGGAAAGACUAUCCCUUCGCCGAAGUACCGAACUUGAACACGGGUGAAAAGGACUUCCUCUUUGGCUUUGCGUCUAUUGGCCUCCAUUUCGUCUACUACAAUGCUUUGAUCAUGAUUCACCGAAUACCUCUCCUUUUGAAUUAUUUAAUAUCAGCCCGUGAGGAUGAAUCGGACGAGGUAAAGGCUCUCAGCAAAGCACAGGCUUCCAAGUCGGCUCUUAUUUGCACAACGGCAGCUCGAGAUACACUCAGAUUGGUGAAUAAUAUGCCAUGGGGAGACAUUGCAUGGCUCUGGUCCUUAUUAUACUACGUUUUCCUCGCAGGAGCGACCAUAUUCUCCACCAUCCUCCGUGAUACCCACGGCCCAAGUGUCAAAGAAGAUCUUCAGUCCCUAAAUAUGGCCGCAACGUUCUUUGCAUCCCUAGCCACAGGCGAUGGACCAGCAAAUUACGCAGGCUUCAUGACCCGCAUGAGUGCCACGCUAGAACGCAUAGCAAGACUAGCUGUCGACCGAGAUGAAAAACGGGCCCGAAGCGCAGAGGACCAAGAUGAACAGGAAGAAUCCCCUGUAUCAAAACGACAUGCAUCUCGCUUAGCAUCAGCGCCCCAUCCAAAACCACGCCGUCGGCGCCGCGGGUCGGUGAAUCGACCUACAGUAAACUCUAAUGCAGAUACACAUCCACGUCAACCCGCUGCUCCACUCCCUUCAAGUAUCGCAUCAAUCAAUGCUCGCUCAAAUGUUCCAGAUAGCAGUUUCCCAGAAGAAAUUGAAGGAUUCCCACCCGUCAAUUCAUUAGGAUAUGUCGUCCCAAUCAGUCCAAACGACUCAUCCAACACACAAACACAAAGUCACCGAACCCAAAUCCAGCCACAGCCACAAUUACAAACAUCCAAUGCCUCAAAUCCAUCAGGCCUAGGUCUAAGCGACCUAAACGGAGCAAACAUAGCUCUCCUAAACAAUAUGAGAGCAAACAUGAACACCUACCCAUCCUGGCAGCUGGCAGAAGACCACUCCAGAUCAACAACCUCACCUAUGGACAACACCCAAAGCCCCUACUCAGUAGCCAGUAGUGGCGGGCCCGGACCAACCAUGUUCCCCGACUCAUGGCAAGUCCCACUAACAGCAGACUGGCAAUUCGGCGAAGAUCUCUGGGCAGGUCUUUUCCGAACGGAUACAUCGGGUGCCUCUGCUCCGCAAAACAAUUCUAUGCCUGUGCUAAAUGCUGAGUCCUUUUUGAACGGUCCAGAUGCCACGACGGAGGCAGAGAGCCAGAGCCAGAAUCAGAAUCAAAAUCAGAAUUUUUCUGUGAAUGGCAAUGGUAGUGCCAACGCCAAUGCCAAUUAUCUAGGAUAUGGAACUCAGAUAAUGGGAUAUAAUUUCAUGCCGGCGGAUGUACUAUCGGCUCAGGAUCCGGAUGGUGAUCAGGAUCCUCAAGACAACGAAUACUCGCAGUCGAUGUUUUCGAAUCCGUUUUUGGGGAUGUUUCCGUGA